GACGGAAUAACAAAAGAAACGAAAUGACGACGACGGCCUCCAGUGGAUCCGUUUUGCCACUGCUGUUGGCCCUGAUAACGCUCUCAGUGCACUUAUCCGGGACAGAUAGUGCAAAUAUAUUGGGAGUUUUCACCAGCCACAGUCCCUCCCACUUGAUCGUGCAUAUGUCCGUUGUCAAGACGCUGGCCGAGCAAGGUCACAAUGUCACAGUUGUGUCCUCGAUGCAGCCGAAGGUGACGCACAAGAGCAUCAAGCAUAUCGUCAUACCCUUGAGUGAGGAUGAAGAGCGAUUGUUACAUGCCGGCAUGUCCGGCAUAGCCAAGCGAAAGCCCUCGUUCUGGAGCACAAUCAGAUCCAUGUUUUCGUCGUUGAUUUUGCUGAUUGACAAACAAGUGGAAGUGCUGGAGGAUGAACGUUUUACGCAGCUCUACGAGAACAAGGACAAUAAAUUCGAUGUAGUCAUUGUGGGCUACUUCUUCAACACAUAUCAGGUGGGUUUGGGGGCCAAAUUCAAUUGCCCGAUUAUUAUGAGUUGGUCGGGUCCGCCCAUGGAAAUGGUUGAUGGUUUUAUGGGCAACCCACGUUUGAUCUCCUCGGUGCCCAAUAUGAAUGUGGCUGUAAAGUCGGGCAAGCCCAUGAACUUCACGCAGCGUCUUAUGAAUCUGCUAUCAACGAAUGCCAUGCGAGUGCUUUCUACUGUUUUGGAUUAUCGCUUUGAUGGUUUCUAUAGACGUUUGUUUGGCUCUGACAAGAACAUACCCAGCUAUGCAGAGGCCAAGAAAAACGUAUCGCUGCUGUUUUGUAACAGCCACGCGAUUAGCGAGGGCCCCAUUAGACCCAAUGUGCCCGGCAUAGUGGAAAUAGGCGGCAUACAAAUCAAGGAAAAGCCCGAUGCACUUCCUCAGGAUAUUGAGGAAUUUCUGGCCAAAGCCAAGCAUGGCGCCAUACUUUUCAGCUUGGGUUCUAAUCUGAAAGGCGAGCACAUACAGCCCGAGAUCAUAACCAAGAUCUUCAAUGCAUUGUCCAGCUUAAAACAACACGUGAUUUGGAAAUGGGAAGACCCAAAGCAUUUGCCUGGCACUGCAUCCAACAUAAUGUACAAGAAAUGGCUGCCACAGGACGAUAUACUGGCUCAUAAGAAAAUCAAGCUCUUCAUCACACACGCGGGCAAGGGAGGCGUGGCCGAGGCACAAUAUCAUGGCGUUCCCAUGUUGGCAUUACCCGUCUUUGCCGAUCAGCCCGGCAAUGCAGACAAGCUCGUAGAAUCAGGCUAUGGCCUGCGUGUGGAUUUGCUAACGCUGGAGGAGGAUGAAUUGAAGGCAGCCAUUAAACAAAUUUUGGGUAAUCCAUCGUACGCCGAAAAGCUACAGAGAUUCUCCAAACUCUAUCGAGAUCGUCCCAUGACUGCGCGCCAAUCAGUGGUCUACUGGACGGACUAUGUGUUGCGUCAUCAUGGUGCUCCCCAUAUACAGAGUCCGCUGGUCCACAUGAGCUUUGUGGCCAGUAAUAAUUUGGAUGUCUAUGCUCUGAUCGCUGCCGUCCUUUAUGUGGUCUAUUUAGUCUUGAAAAUUGUGUUCAAAUUUGUGGGCCGAAAGCUUUGUGGCAAGUCGAAGGCCAAAGGCCCUCAGAAGAAGAAGGUCAAGAAACAGUAGGUUAAGUUAAACAAAGACAAUUGCUAAUUAAGUUUCUACUUGAAAUAAACGAUAAAAUAUGAA